AUGAACACGGCCGAAUACAACGCGCUGCUGCUCGACACUGCCUCCGACCACGAUAUCACGCGCCUCCGAAUUGAGGGUGACAGCACCCUUGUCAUACAGCGGGUGCUUGGCAUCUUCGCCACGCGUAACAAUAGGAUCCAGAAACUGCAGAUAGCAGCCAAGUCAGAGCUGGCGAGGUUGCAGCACGUCACUCUCCGUCACAUUGACAGGCAGGAAAAUGGUCAUGCCGACCGCCUUGCCAACGCCGCUCUUGACCGCUGCCGUACCGAAGUGAAGAAUGGGGUGCAUACCGAUGGAAAGGUUUACACCUCUACCUCCACGAUGGUACCUGCACCCGCCGCUGCACCCACAGCUGCACCUCCGCCUGCCACACCGUAA